AUGCCGAGCUUGGACCUGAGUGAGCUCAACAUCGUCAUUGCGGUGCUGGGCACAUUCAUCGUCUGCUAUGGCUUUAUUUCCAUCAAGAUCAAGCAAGUAUGGUACUUGGGAGAAGCGCCACUCGUCAUCGGGUCCUGCGUCACUUGCACGGACCCCAUCCUGUCCCAGGCAGUGGCCAAAGGACCAUUCUCUGACAAGUACGUGCCGAGAGCACUGCGAGAGCUGAUCUCAUCGGAGGCUGGUGCGAAUGAUGGAUUUGGCUUUCCUUUUCUGCUACUCGCGACGUACCUGAUUCGUCACGCUGAUCUCAAAGGCGUCGAUUUCAAGGAGGGCGUUUCAGCUGCAGCUGAGGGCGUCCAUAGACUUCUUACGCGGGAAGAAGACGUUGGACGUCUCGGUGGUGGCCUACCGAAGGCAUUCGAACAGUGGAUUGUCGAAGGGUGGUUGUACAUCAUCGUCAUGUCUGUCGUCAUUGGCAUCAUCAUCGGCUAUGGUAGCAUGUAUGCUAUCAGAUUCGCCUUGCGCCGAAGGUGGAUCGACUCUGAAAGUUUCCUUCUGUGGCCUAUGGCCAUUGGUCUUUUCACCAUCGGCGUCUGCGGGCUGCUAGGCACGGACGACCUCUUGGCUUGCUUCGUCGCUGGCAAUGCGCUCAACUGGGAUGGAGUCUACUUGGAAGAGGCGGAGAAGCGUCACGAUGAAGUGAACAGCUGCUUCGAUGUCAUCCUCAAUUUUGGCGGCUUCAUGUACAUCGGCGCCAUAAUACCCUGGUCGGAGUUCCAGAUGCCCGAUGUGACUGGCAUUAGUGUCGGCCGCCUCUUCAUCCUCGGCUUUCUCAUCAUGGUCUUUCGACGCAUUCCGGCGAUCUUCAUGACAUACAAGUUAAUGCCGCGGUGCGUCAAAGAUUGGAAGGAAGCUCUGUUCAUGGGGUAUUUUGGCCCAAUAGGAAUCGGUGCCGUCUUCUACGUAGAGCACACACGCCACAUCUUCCCCAAGCCUGGUGAAGCCAAGACCGAAGAGGAAGAGAACCUUGUGGCUGCGAUGGUCCCGGUCGUAUACUGGCUCGUUCUCUUUUCCAUUAUCUUCCACGGCCUCUCCAUCCCUGCGCUCGACGCCUUCUACCGCUACAGGGGCGUGGCUCCAAUUAUCGAGGAAGAACCCACCGAAGUGCGCAUGCUGUCCGUCGCUGAAGCUACCCCGGUCAACUCGUACGCGAACCCCAAGCGCAACUCGGUCAUCGUGCACAACAGGUUCUCACGUCCUAUCUCGGGUGCUACAUUGCAGCGUUGGAAUACGGACGAUAGCGACACAACGCAUGCGGAGUUGAGGGAGGAUGGCAGAUACAUUUCGCCAUAUGCUGAGAAGCCAAAUGAGGAGGCGUUUCCGCCAAGGGCUGGUCACCGGGAGAUCACCUUCCGACAAUGA